CUUUCUGUAUCUCUCUGUCUCUCUCUCGCUCCCUCUCUUUCUGUUUGUCUCUCUCUCGCUCCCUCUCUUUCUGUCUCUCUCCCUCUCGCUCCCUCUCUUUCUGUCUCUCUCUCUCAUUCCCUCUCUUUCUGUAUCUCUCUCUCGCCCUCUCCCUCUCUUUGUCUCUCUCUCUCUCGCUCCCUCUCUUUCUGUCUCGCUCCCUCUCUUUCGCUCUCUUGCUCCCUCUCUUUCUGUCUCUCUCUCUCUCUCUCUCUCUCUCUCUCUCUCUCUCUCUCUCUCUCUCUCUCUCUCUCUCUCUCUCUCUCUCUCUCUCUCUCUCUCUCUCUCUCUCUCUCUCUCUCUCUCUCUCUCUCUCUCUUUAUGUCUCUGUCUCGCUCUCUCUCCCUCUCCCUGUCUCUCUCUGUCUCUCUUUCUUUCUCUCUCUCUCGCUCCCUCUUUCUCUCUCGCUCCCUCUGUCUCUCUCUCUCUCUCGCUCCCUCUCUUUCUCUCUCUCUCGCUCCCUCUCUUUCUCUCUCUCUCUCUCUGUCUCUCGCUCCCUCUCUUGCUCUCUCUCUCUCGCUCCCUCUCUUUCUGUCUCUCUCUCCCUCUCGCUCCCUCUCUUUCUGUCUCUCUCUCUGAUUCCCUCUUUCUGUCUCUGUCUCGCUCUCUCUCCCUCUCCCUGUCUCUCUCUGUCUCUCUUUCUGUCUCUCUCUCUCGCUCUCUCUGUCUCUCGCUCCCUCUCGCUCUCUCUCUCUCGCUCCCUCUCUUUCUGUAUCUCUCUCUCGCCCUCUCCCUCUCUUUGUCUCUCUCUCUCUCGCUCCCUCUCUUUCUGUCUCGCUCCCUCUCUUUCGCUCUCUUGCUCCCUCUCUUUCUGUCUCUCUCUCUCUCUCUCGCUCCCUCUCUUUAUGUCUCUCUCUCUCGCUCCCUCUCUUUCUGUCUCGCUCUCUCUCCCUCUCCCUGUCUCUCUCUGUCUCUCUUUCUGUCUCUCUCUCUCUCGCUCCCUCUCUUUCUCUCUCUCUCGCUCCCUCUCUUUCUCUCUCUCUCUCUGUCUCUCGCUCCCUCUCUCGCUCCCUCUUGCUCUCUCUCUCUCGCUCCCUCUCUUUCUGUCUCUCUCUCCCUCUCGCUCCCUCUCUUUCUGUAUCUCUCUCUCGCCCUCUCCCUCUCUUUGUCUCUCUCUCUCUCGCUCCCUCUCUUUCUGUCUCGCUCCUUCUCUUUCGCUCUCUUGCUCCCUCUCUUUCUGUCUCUCUCUCUCUCUCUCGCUCCCUCUCUUUAUGUCUCUCUCUCUCGCUCCCUCUCUUUCUGUCUCGCUCUCUCUCCCUCUCCCUGUCUCUCUCUGUCUCUCUUUCUUUCUCUCUCUCUCGCUCCCUCUUUCUCUCUCGCUCCCUCUGUCUCUCUCUCUCUCUCUCGCUCCCUCUCUUUCUCUCUCUCUCGCUCCCUCUCUUUCUCUCUCUCUCUCUGUCUCUCGCUCCCUCUCUCGCUCCCUCUUGCUCUCUCUCUCUCGCUCCCUCUCUUUCUGUCUCUCUCUCCCUCUCGCUCCCUCUCUUUCUGUCUCUCUCUCUGAUUCCCUUUUUCUGUCUCUGUCUCGCUCUCUCUCCCUCUCCCUGUCUCUCUCUGUCUCUCUUUCUGUCUCUCUCUUUCGCUCCCUCUUUCUCUCUCGCUCUCUCUGUCUCUCGCUCCCUCUCGCUCUCUCUCUCUCGCUCCCUCUCUUUCUGUCUUUCUCUCUCUCGCUCCCUCUCUUUCUGUCUUUCUCUCUCUCGCCCUCUCUCUUUCCUCUCUCACUGCCUGUCUAUCUCUAAUUUCCAUCCCCAUCUGUCCCUUUUAGUCUUCUCUCUGUAGGGUAGGUUUCUUGGCUUGUAAAACCGCUUGUUAAGCACACAGCUGUGUGUGUAUGUGACUGUUAUGGUUUCUUGGCAGUUGGCACCCUUUUUGUGCAAGAGCCUCUUUAAAGAUGUUUGUGGUUUCUCUGUGGUUUAUUUUCGCAGGUUUUACAUGAAACGUUUCCACAGCACACAUUUCUGAUGAAUGGCCUCAUUCAAGGUGUGAAGGUAAGAUAUCAGGCGUAGAAAUAACUAAAUACUAAAAUGUUGUUUGGCAGACUACGAACAGUUUAUCUCCCAAAGAAUUCAACAAUUAUGUAAUUUAUUGAUCACUGCUAUGAGGACCCCCUGAGCGAUUGAACAAAAGCAGUACUCAAUACUGUAUUCUGGUUACUCUAGCUAAUCUUUUUCCAGUAUCUUAUUAUUUCAUAACUAGUGGAUGUUUAUUAUAAGUUUAUUAUAGGUUUAUUAUAUGUCAUUUCAGGAAAGCAAAGGGCAGCCAUUUUGUUGCUGCUACUUGAUUAUAAUGAAGUUCACUCUCAUUUCCACUAAAGAUUAAUGAGGCUUCUCAUUACGGGUUCCCGGUAACCAUGACGUUCUUAACAGAGGCUCCUCCCUCUCUUCACCCUCCUCCACAGGGUCUCCUGUCCUUCAUGAGCGCCCCUCUGAUUGGUGCCCUGUCAGAUGUGUGGGGCAGGCGGUCCUUUCUAUUGGUCACUGUGUUCUUCACCUGCGCCCCCAUCCCGCUCAUGAGACUCAGUCCCUGGUAAGACCUGCACCUCUCUUCUGACCAAGAAAAAUACACUGUUGUGAUUUGGUUCAGUAUUCAUUGUGUAUUUGAUUUGAAUUAAACAAUAUGCACAUUUAAACAGGGAAUCCAGUGUUAGUGCUGUUGUAACAGCGCUGGUUUAGAUGAAAAUACCAUAUAGUUGUCUGUUUUACCAAUUUCAAUCAGCAUUUCUAAUUGGUAAACACUUUGAUGCCUGUUUAAUAGAUCUCUAGCUUUAGAGUCUGUAGGAGUGUUUGUUGAUCUUAUUUGUAAGUACAUGGUGUGGAAUGCACUGUCUUGGAUGUGACUGACAUUAUGUUCCCUCCUUCAGGUGGUACUUUGCAGCGAUUUCCAUGUCAGGGGCUUUCUCUGUCACCUUCUCCGUCAUCUUCGCUUACGUCUCUGAUGUCACAGAGGAGCAUGAAAGAAGCACAGCGUACGGACUGGUAAAGAGCUAGUUUUAGUUUUAUAAUGACGUACAGCAGGGAUGGGCAACUUUGAUGGGGGUGGGGGCCACAAAACAUCUGAACUCAUCAUGAGGGGCAGUAGUGCCUCGCUGGUCUGCGUACACAUAUCCAUACCUACACAUGCAGGGCCAUUAGCAAAGUUUUAUUGUGGGCCCCCACCUUGCGAGUGUGACGGGUACGGAGUAUACGAAGAGGCAGGACGCAGACGCAGGAAUUAACAAGGUCAAGGUUUACUAAACAAUGAGCAAGAGAAAUAACAAAGAUAGAGUAAACGACACGAAGCUAAACAAUCACACACAACAUCAUCCAGAACAGUCCAGGGCUAAAUAGGGGUGGUGAUGAGAUGAUGAGGUGCAGGUAAGCUGGAGGUGAUUACGGUGCGUUGGGUUUCCAUUCCGGUGUUGCCGAGGUGGUGCGCUCAGACUGGUGGCUCAGUAGACCGGCGAAUCAGAGCGCCAGAGGGGAGCAACGGGAGGAAACGUGACAGUGAGCAAAAUAUUUUAGCAGCCCCCCUCCUCUUGACAGCAGGGCGUAGAGAAAAUGUUGCAGUUUUAAAGCAAGUUUGCUGCAAUUCUACAGAUUUUGCCAUGGGGCGGAGAGAGAAUUUAGCAAUUUUAUAACUAAUUUAAUGCAAUUCUACUCUUUUGCCAUGGGGCGGAGAGAAAAAUGUGCAGUUUUACAGCGGAUUAUUUGCAAUUCUACACAUUUUGGCAUAGGUUGGAGAGAAAUGUUUGCUGUUUGAAAAUGAUAUCUGAGUGAGCGUGACUAACAAAAUCAAUGGGGCCCCCGGUCAGUAAUUCUUAAUAACUUAACAAUCUAAAGAAAAUGUAGCUGACAUGGGCUAAUUGAGUGACUGUCAGUGACUGACAUAACAAGAGGAAAAACUGCUGAUGCACAACCACAUUUGGAAAUUGCACCUUGUGUAUUCUACUAUUCUAACUCAACAGUAAGUUUGCCGCCAGUUGCCCAUCCUUGACGUACAGUGUUUUUCUCAGUUGAUUCCCAUGUUGAUUGGGGUAGAGGGUAGUGGAUAAUUCUAUCUUUCCAUCUUUCCAAUUCUAUUUGACAGUUAUGCGGGUGAAUAUCAAGUUCUGUGCUUCUAUAUGGGUUAUGCAAUGUGUUCUGUUGUGUUGAGAAUAGAUUUAGGUUGUGUCAGGUUUCUAUAAGCCUAUCCUUCACACGGUGGAUUCAGAUCUCAUGCAGUUGUGUCAGGAUGGGUCCCUUGAGGUCACAGCAGGGUAUCAUAUCCUUUUCUCUCUGUAUUUUGAGCCCUGGCAUUGAAUGAAGAAUAACAUUCAUUAACAUGAAUUACGUUUCCUUUGUAUAGCUUAACCACUUGUGAAAUGCGAAAAAUAGCUGCAUACAUUUGGUGAUUGACAGCUAUUGACUCCAAUACCAAAAAAUAAAAAUAAAAAACACAACCCAAAAUACACUACAGGACUUCAUGGAAAACUGUGACAAUUGUCGCUGAGUGGACUAUCGUGAUUAAAUAUAAAUGGACCUAAAAAUAAACUAUUUUUUCAUUUCAAACACACCUUGUCCUCUGUGUGUUUCCCUCUAGGUGUCGGCUACAUUUGCAGCCAGCCUGGUGACGAGUCCGGCAAUCGGGGCGUACCUGUCCGCGUGUUACGGUGACAACCUGGUGGUGUUGGUGGCUACGCUGGUGGCUCUGGCAGACAUCUGCUUCAUCCUGCUGGCCGUGCCAGAGUCCCUACCGGAGAAGAUGAGACUCAACACCUGGGGAGCACCUAUCACCUGGGAGCAGGCAGACCCCUUCCAGGUGAGUGCUAGAGUAUGCCAUGCUAUACUAUUCCAUGCAAUGUCAAUGAGAUCUGGCUGGGAUAUACUGUACAGACAGACGUGUUAGUAGGCUACAUAGCUUCAUCAGUGUCUGUGGCCAUUUUUAAAAGUCUUUGGUGUCUCUGUUGUUUAAAAGCCUUUGGUUUCUCUGUUGUUUAAAAGUCUUUGGUGUCACUGUUGUUUAAAAGCCUUUGGUGUCACUGUUGUUUAAAAGCCUUUGGGGUCUGUUGUUUAAAGUCUUUGGGGUCUCUCUGUUGUUUAAAAGUAUUUGUAUCUCUUGUUUAACGUGUUUAAUGUAUAUCUGUUGUUUAAAAGUCUUUGGUGUCUCUCUUGUUUGCAGUCGAUGAGGAAAGUAGGGAAGGAUCCCACGGUUCUUCUUAUCUGUAUAACGGUGUUCCUGUCCUACCUACCUGAGGCUGGCCAAUACUCCAGCUUCUUCCUAUAUCUUAGACAGGUAAAUAUCCAACUUGAUUCUAGGGUUGGGCAGUAUCCAGAUUUUCAGAUCCUCAUACCGUCCUUUCUCACACCGGGAUUUACGGUAUUACUGGCUUAGUACACAAGGGGUCUCCAAAAAAACUCUAAAAAGCCCAUUGGUCGUCUAUUACCAGAAUGCUAACAAAAUUAGCACAAGUAAUAGAUCAUUUCCAUGGAGGCUGCUAGCUAAAUAUGCUAACGAGCACAAAGAAAAUAAACGAAUUGCAAAGACUGGCAAUCCAGCUCAGAAAGUUAUACAUACAGUAUAUAGGUAGGAGCUACCGAAUGUAAUUUUUGGUGAGUUUGGACAUUUACAAGCGAAUCUGAACAAGAGACAUUGUGCAAAUGAACAAAGUUUUGAUGCAUGCUUGUCUGAAGGAAGAACAGUACUGUGUACAUACUGUCUGUGUGGAGUCUGGGAGGCGCUAGGGCAAUGGGCCUGCCUGCUCUGCUCGGAGAAGAUGGGGGAGGAGCAGACGGGCCCAGAACAGAGAGGAGAGAAAACACAAGGGAAUCAAGCUGCAGUGGCAUCUGGACAGAACUCAUCCACAGGGCUUAGACUUCUCAAACACGGCAGAAAGCUUACACAAUAUGAUGCCCCGUCACCUUAUUAAUUCAGCCACUUACUCAGAUAACUAGCAAGUUAAACUUAGGGGUCAUCCUAACGCAGAAUUCUUUGUUUUUCACGCAGAAAGAAAAUAUAAAACGCAUAAGAAAUAUUUAGCUGUGUUUUGUAAACACAGAUCUAAAAAGCUUCUUAUUGUAAUUUCUGCUCAGCAUCAAACUAAUGUUGUGCUUCAGUUGCACUUCUCCGCUGGGAUGAGAAUUCACCAACGGGCAUUCUAUCAGCAGACGGUCCUCUGACUGAUGUGGAGCUACUUUUCUCCGGUACUUUUCUCGGUGUAGCCAGCCUACUUUUCUCCAGUAAAAUGCUAAAUUAACUUUAGGUAAAAAAAUUAGGAAAUGUAACUGGUUACGUUCUUUCUAUGAUUAACAUUAGAAAUAUGAUGGCCGUGCAUUGUUUUUUUUGCCCCCCAAAAACGUGCUUUUUCAUUGUAAGCUCAUUUACUUGUGAGGCUGCCAGCCAAAUAGCGUUACACUUUUGUUGUCAUCUGAUGACAAUGAAGCUAUUUUCUGUCGAAUAUGUUGCACUAAUGUAUUUUCUGGGAAGGAAAAGUAUAGUUGCACAUCCCUGAUCACUCUAUUGAAGCAAAAAAACACUGUUGACUUCCAAUAUAAAACGUGACCCCUGUCAAUACACAGCUGGACUCACCUGCUUCCGAUUUCUCCUGUUGUGCUAUUUACAAACAAACCCAUGACUGGCUCAACUGUGCUGAGGAACUACGGUAAACUUCAUAAUGUGACAGGUGAAAUGAAGAGCACAAUCUGCUUUAUCUCCUAACAAAUUGCACAAGUUGACUGCAGGUAUUUACUUAAAAAGUAGCUACAAACAAAAUGUUUUUAUUGAAAGACUUCAAAGAGAUAGUUUCAACAGUGUUGACGGUAUUGAAAAACCAUCCUGUGGCUAUUUCCAAAUACCCCGGUAUACGGUAUAUACGGUAUACUGCCCAUGCCUAGUUGUUCCUCUACCUUAGACAACUAAACACCUGCUCUGGUAAAAACUUCCCCUUCACUUACCUGAGACUGGUAAAAACUUCCCCUUCACUUACCUGAGACUGGUAAAAGCUUCCCCUUCACUUACCUGAGACUGGUAAAAACGUCCCCUUCACUUACCUGAGACUGGUAAAAACCUCCCCUUCACUUACCUGAGACUGGUAAAAACUUCCCCUUCACUUACCUGAGACUGGUAAAAAUGUUCCCUUCAUUUACCUGAGACUGGUAAAAACUUCCCCUUCACUUACCUGAGACUGGUAAAAAUGUUCCCUUCAUUUACCUGCACCAUCUGGCAGUAAACAUGAGAUUCAGUUAAAUUCAAUACAACUUUAUUUAUCCCCUUAGGGGCAAUUAAGAAAAACAUGCCAGAAUGCCAGAUUGCUAAUGGAAACAUCAUCCACAUAAAAUACAAGUACAAGAAAUCUAAUCAAAUAAUAUCAAUAAGAGAUGAAGAACAGCUGAGUUAUUUCUGCACAAAGUGUUGUUUACCACGGGUUCAGUUCGUAAUAGCUGGGUGCCUAUAAUUAUAAAGAUGGCGUUCUUUCAUCGUUCCUUUCUCUUCUACUUGAACAGCUCACUCUCCAUUGAGCACAGUCAAGUGCUAGUCAUUUAGCAUAGUGGCGUUAAUUUGCUUUGGACCCUUGGAGCAAAGAGAGAAAGAGGGAGACUAAUGCUGUUUUAUGGCUUUCUCCCUCCGUCUAUGGCUCUGUCUAUCUCUUUCUUUCUUUCUCUUUCUCUCCCUCUCUCUCUCUCUCCAUUUAUUUCUCUCUAUCUCAGGUCAUUAACUUUUCAUCGGCAACGAUCGCAGUGUUCAUCGGGGUGGUUGGGAUCCUCUCCAUCAUAGCCCAGGUACAUAUCUGGCGCAAUGCUACUCCAUAUAACUUAGUUUCUGGGAGACUGCAAUGUGUUACUGAACAAUCACAUCUAAUCAAGUCUUAGGUUAACAACAUGUGUCAGUUCAAAUUAGUUAUUGUCCUUUGGAAUGUAAUCUAGUUCCACGUUUAGAUGUAAAGAAUGCUGACAUGGCCUUACCCUGCCAGCUCUAUACUACUUAAAAGAAAGGCAUUCUAAUGUAAUGUAGCAAAUUGUGUAAUUCCUAUGCAUACAAUAUUUAUGAAGAGUGGGCCUACAAUACAUAUUAAAUGAAUUAGCACUUUGUGACAACUUCGGAUGUAAAAUUAGCUUCAUAAAUACAUUUGAUCAUUUGUUUGAUUGAUUAAUGUAUUAAUUGUUUCCCUCUUGUUGCAGACACUUAUUCUGACAGUCUUGAUGAGAACUAUUGGAAACAAGAACACGGUCCUACUGGGCCUGGGCUUCCAGAUUCUACAGCUGGCUUGGUAUGGCUUCGGGUCAGAACCAUGGUGGGUCAACUGAGUAACAUCAACAGGGCUGGCUGUACUGUGGUUAACUGAGUAACAUCAACAGGGCUGGCUGUACUGUGGUUAACUGAGUAACAUCAACAGGGCUGGCUGUACUGUGGUUAACUGAGAAACAUCAACAGGGCUGGCUGUACUGUGGUUAACUGAGUAACAUCAACAGGGCUGGCUGUACUGUGGUUAACUGAGUAACAUCAACAGGGCUGGCUGUACUGUGGUUAACUGAGUAACAUCAACAGGGCUGGCUGUACUGUGGUUAACUGAGUAACAUCAACAGGGCUGGCUGUACUGUGGUUAACUGAGUAACAUCAACAGGGCUGGCUGUACUGUGGUUAACUGAGUAACAUCAACAGGGCUGGCUGUACUGUGGUUAACUGAGAAACAUCAACAGGGCUGGCUGUACUGUGGUUAACUGAGAAACAUCAACAGGGCUGGCCUGUGUUGACAGUUAGGACAACGGUUCGAAAACUCUGAUUCGUUUUUUUAUAAAACAGUAUUACAAGUCCUUGAUUGCGCACUUUAUUGUAAAAAAACGUUAAUGCAGUUAUCUCUCUCUUGCUCAAAUGAAAAACAAUCCCAAAAAAGGGAGUAAAAGGGAAGAGAAGGUGAAUCGUGAUCAAUCUUGUCAGAGGUCAUGGAGCGUGCUCAGAAGGGCUGGUCCUGAGGGUGUGGUCACUAGUUGCUAUAGCUAAGUGAUGUCUCAUACUGUAUGUGUCUGUAGCUAACCAUUGUCUCCCCUCUGUCUCCCCUCUGUCUCCCCUCUGUCUCCCCUCUGCCUCCCCUCUGUCUCCCCUCUGUCUCCCCUCUGUCUCCCCUCUGUCUCCCCUCUGCCUCCCCUCUGUCUCCCCUCUGUCUCCCCUCUGUCUCCCCUCUGCCUCCCCUCUGUCUCCCCUCUGUCUCCCCUCUGUCUCCCCUCUGUCUCCCCUCUGCCUCCCCUCUGUGUUUAGGAUGAUGUGGGCUGCAGGUGCAGUAGCAGCCAUGUCUAGUAUCACCUUUCCUGCAGUGAGCGCCCUGGUGUCUCGCAGCGCAGACCCAGAUAAGCAGGGUAAUUCCCUUUAUUCCUCUUUUCUGUAUGUACUUCAUCCAUUUGUCCUGCUCUAAGAUAUUCCCCUUUUCCCUUGAUGUAAUCUCUCCGUUCGUCCUGUUCUCUUCGGUACCACCUUUCUUCCUUUGCGCCUCCGUAGUCAUUUUGAAAGUGAAUGAAUAUGAAAUUGUCUUUUUUUUUUUUACUGAAAUUUUGGCCUGACAUUUUCCUUGAAGUCACACCACAGCAUAUACAGGCAUGGAUGUUUUUAACUUUGACUAUUUGUUUCAUAGCAGACAUCCUAUAGUUAUCAUCCUUAUAAUAGGCCUCAUUCAGAAAUGAAGUCUCAUGGAUGUUAAUGUAUCUGUAUGCUGUGUUCUCUGUGAUGUCAUACUGUUCUGCCCAGCGACCACAGAUGUUCUAUGUAGCUAAAUGUGGUGCUCAUGGUCCCUGACAAAUAAACGUAUAACCUGUCUCUCCUCAGGUCUGGUUCAGGGGAUGAUCACUGGUAUCCGAGGCCUGUGUAACGGUCUGGGCCCGGCGCUGUAUGGACUUAUCUUCUUCAUGUUUAACGUAGAGCUGAACACAAUCGACCCCAUCCAGGGAGAGUACCCCAUCGACCCUAUAUCUAUUAACCCCCCGACUGAGGUAAAUGAAUCACUAUCACCAGUAACAUCUUCAUUGUGGCUGUAGUCUAGGCAGACUUUAUACAGCUGUAUACAUUUCUGUCUCAUUUAGCUUUAAAACAUGUUUCUUCCAAAGUAGGCACUUGCAAUCUUACUGUUGCCAUAUUCCUUUAUAGUUCUGUUUCUUUAUUCGGAGAUGGGUUAUAUUCUUUGUGUAAUAUGAAUGUCAAAUAAAGUUCCUACAGAAAAGUAAAGUUCUAUGCUCUUUAUCUAUAAUACCCUGUCUCUCUCCAUACAGAAAUCCUUGAUCCCCGGCCCUCCCUUCCUGCUGGGCUCAUGCACAGUGGUGGUGGCAUUCCUGGUAGCCUUGUUUAUCCCCGAGAACACCGAACCUCCAGUAGUGACCUGUGCUGACGCCAAGGAUACCUCCAUGCUAGCCGGUGUCCACAUCAACACCCCGUUACCAGGCAGCGACGAGGACACACCAGCGCCAACCAGCGACGAGGACUUUGAGCCCCUCCUGCAGGACAGCGUUGUGUGACUGAGGGAGGAUGGAGGG